GUAAAAGUAGGAGAUAAAGAAGUAGAUGUGAUGCCAGGAUUUAGACUGUAUGUAACAACUAAACUAGCUAAUCCUGCCUAUACACCGGAAGUCUCAGCUAGAACCUCAAUUAUAGAUUUCACUGUUACUAUCAAAGGAUUAGAAGACCAACUGUUAGGUGUUGUCAUCUUGACAGAGAAACAGGUAAGCAAUUAA